CCGGGUGUCGUGAAGCGGGCGCAGGGUGAGAACGCCGAGGGCUCCUGCCGGGUCGACGCCAGUGUCAUCCGUGUGGGUAGCGGCUUCACCGCCGAACGCAGGGCCAUGGCUGGGACGCUGGUGCGCAAAGCGGCCGACUAUGUCCGGAGCAAGGAAUUCCGGGACUAUCUCAUGAGUACGCACUUCUGGGGUCCAGUUGCCAAUUGGGGUCUCCCCAUUGCUGCUAUCAAUGACAUGAAGAAGUCUCCGGAGAUCAUCAGUGGACCGAUGACCUUCGCCCUCUGUUGCUAUUCUUUGACAUUCAUGAGAUUUGCCUACAAGGUACAGCCUCGAAACUGGCUUCUAUUUGCAUGCCAUGUAACAAACGAAGUGGCCCAGCUCAUUCAGGGAGGACGGCUCAUCAACUACCAGAUGAGUAAGAAGGCAUCUGCGUAGCAGUGCGAGGAUCUGCUCUGGAAAGGGACAGAGCCCCAGCCACUGCUGCCACGCCACAGGUCGCAUCGGCAUCGAUGAUCUUGCUGAGGGGAAAACACGGAAUGCUAUCUUUAAUUACCACGCCAACAUUAUAGAAAAGCCGAGAGUCCCUCAACCAACUCUCUGCUGCCUUAUCAAUGCUAAAAUUUGUCUUCAUCAAGAGUAGUUCAAAAUAUGCAACUAAUUUAAUAAUUUUGAAUGAUGAUUUUAUCUGUAGUAAUGUGUAUAUUAUCUAUUGGGAUUUGUGUAAUAAAAAUCUAAGGAACAAAGUUUUAUAACUAUAAGCACUUACUCACAUUCUUGACUUUUCUUUAAUGAUUAUAGUGUAUCCCUCAGUUGGCCACACGUCUACACAUUCUUUCCAGUGGUAACAAGUGUUUCCCAUAGUGUGCAGGUUCAGAUCUGUAACUUAAUGGCAAUAAAUGAUUUAAAUAUUUGCUA